UCUGUUGUUUGACCGCUUUACACAAUCUCUCUGAACUGAAUCUCUCACUCCCUCCAUCCCUCUCUGCUUAUGUUACUGUAUGCUGUUGUAUUUUAUACUGUCCAACUGACAGGUUUGAAACUUUGUUUCACUUUUUGAAUUUUUGGCUAGACUGUUUAAGGACAACAUUGUCAUCUGUGGUUACUGGUCCAAUAUUUACAUUACGACAGACAAGUAUUGAACUUGUUGGAACUAUGGGAAAUUCCUUUUGCAAGCGAAGUAUUCUCAGAAAAAAGAAACCUCAAGAAGGAGAUAUUGGUAAUCAGAAUGACACAGCCAGAAAUACAGAGACAUCACAUACAGAAGACAUCCUCUAUGCCUCCAUUAACCACAGUAAUGUCAAAGAAGAAAAGCCUUUGAGAGACUUUGAGGAUAAUGAUUGUGAUUAUGCUGUUGUAAAGAUUCCUGGUGCAUUGACAAACCCGACCAAACACAAAGACACUGACGACUGUUCAGAUGAUUAUGUGCUCAUGGGCUGAGCAUUGCACUACUGAUGUGGCGGAAAUCAGCAAAUCUACUGGAAUGGACAACCUGAGAUACCUACAUGCAACCUUAAGGCCUGUUUACUUUGUAAAUUAUAUUAAUGAUCUUAAGUGUUUUUUUUUGUUUGUUGUUUUUUUUCAUUUCUUUCUAAGGUCAGGGUUUUUUUCCCCUUCAAAGUUUUGUCACUGCUUUUACAGUAUGGAGCUAUAUAAAAAAUCUAAACAAAGUUUUUAACUUUUGAUGCA